AUGACAAAAACCAAAAUUCGAAAUCAAUUAAGUACUUCAACAUUAGAAAUGAUUUCACAAAUUAAACUUGCAUUAUCUGCAGAAGUUUCUAAAAAAAGCUUAGAGAAAAAAUUAGUAACUAGAAACGAACAAGAUAAUGAUACUUUGGAUGAUUAUAAUACUUUAUUUUCUUUGAAUUUAAUAGAUUUAAUUAAUGAUGAAGAUAAUAAGUUAGAGUUUAAUAACAUUCAAGAAAUUUGCUUAGAAUCUAUGCAAAAUUAUUCAGAAUUAUUUAUAGAAGAGUUUAUUAAUUUUAAUAUAAUUGACAAAUUGAUUUUAAGGGUAGAGG